AUGGGGAAGGCAGAACUUGGGGAUUACAAUGAAGAGUUGGAUGCACACCAUCUAGAGAAUAAGCAGUAUGUGCCAAAUCAGGAGUACCUGGACCACAAGAUUAUUCGCUUUCAUAAGAAACACAGAGGUCACACUCCAGCCCUGUCAGACGUGCAUUUGCUGGAGGUUGCCCGUAAAUUGGACAUGUAUGGCAUUCGACCACAUCCAGCUCAUGAUGGUGAAGGCAUGAGGAUCAAUUUGGCUGUUACCCACAUGGGUGUACUGGUAUUUCAGGGUAACACAAAAAUCAACACCUUCAGCUGGGCCAAGAUCCGCAAAUUGAGUUUCAAGAGGAGGAAUUUCCUUAUCAAACUACACACAGAGGCUGGGCCUUCACGGAGGGACAUGGUUGAGUUCACCAUGGCAAGCAGAGAUAUUUGUAAAACUUUCUGGAAGAUGUGUGUGGAGUAUCAUGCCUUCUUCCGUCUAGCUGAGGAGCCCAAGCCAUAUCAUAAAUCAUUGUUUUCCAGCAAGGGAUCCAGCUUCAGAUACAGUGGCAGGACACAAAAGCAACUCCUAGAGUGUGUUGGCACUGGGGAGCACAAACAUUUACCAUUUGAGAGGUCAAACUGCAAGCUUGCCCAUAAAUCUCGGCAAUGCAAGUCAUCCCCAGAUUUGCUCACUGAUGUAUCCAGACAGCUUUAUGAGCAAGCCUAUCAAUUCCCCCACCUUGAUGUUUCAAAGCAUGGCACAAAUGUUUUUGCUGAGGGGCUUGACCGGUCCUGUCCCUUGUCAAGGCUGCCUGCCAAAUCAAGCAGGGCUGCAUCUUCAAAACUGCAUUCCAUGUCCACAUCAGACGCAGAGCGUCAAGGCAGAAGCUCUCAAAGGCCUGGGGCAAGGAGACAUCAGUCCCCUAGCUCUCAGCACCUGGUCCUUCUAUAUCCCAACAGCUCCCACCUUCAAUUCCAUCCAGUGCUGCCAACAUUCCCUCUUGCAUCUUACCCUUUUUUGCUACAAGACUCCACAUCAUCUUCUUUAGAUUGUCUUACAGAAGCUCACCAGAGUUUUAAGCCUAUGAAGUAUUUGCCUAGGCAAACAGGCCACUCCUUUUCACCUGCUUCCUCUUUGUCACCACCACGACAACAGCAGCGUCUAGAAAGGCUUCAACACUCCGAAAUUGGAUUGGCUGGAUCUAGACUGUGCCCCCUAUCAGGAGGACCACUGGGGCUGGGGUUAAACAGAAGACACAAUAUAGGAAAAAUAGAAGCAGGGCACUACAGUGAUGACUCUUCCUUUCAGAGUGCAUUACCUUUCCGAGCCUCAAGCCAACCAGAUGUGAAGUUCCAGAGACCCGCACUAGCAUCUUCAGCUGCUGCGUAUGCUUCAGAGUAUCGGCCUCUGGGUUAUUAUCCCCACCUGUCACAACACCGGGUUCCUACUAGGCCAACCUACCUUCCACUAAGCCCUGCCCCUUUGCCAGAAAGGCCCACAUCUUUAUGUGUACUCGGCACAGGCAGUUACAGUGAUUCAGAUUCUGAACUCUUUUAUCCAUGUUAUUGUCCUGCUGUAGGGAAAGUGGUACAUUCUGGUCCACUAGCACGUAUGCGUUUUUCUUCUGGAAGCCUCCAACUAGAUGAGGAAGAGGGGGAGGAGGAGGAUGUGUGCAACCAGAGUGAAAAUACUGCUCUUACAUCAGCCAAGCCAUUCCAGGUGCAGAGGUCCAGCUUGGUGAAGUACUUAGUUGUUCUCAGCUGCUCCAGGGCUGAGGGGACAAGUGUGGAGGGGAUAUGGGUACUGGACCAUACACUGGUUGAGGCCCCAGUAGUCAAUGAGGACUGA